AUGGCGCUGUCCGUGCUGGAGAUUCUGGAUGGGUAUGCGCGGAAGAUGAAGCCCGAGAGUACGGAUGCGGAGGCGCUGGAGGGGUUCCUGGCGCUGUAUACGCGGCAGCGCACGGAGGGGAAUGAGCGGUGGUACCGGGCUGAAGUGCAGGUUGGGGAGGGGGAGAGGGAGCUGGCGAAGUUGGGGAAGAGGCGGGGGAAGGUAGAGGGGCGGUUGAAGAGGGCGAGGGAGGCUGCGUCGAAGAAGGAGCGCAGGGAGAGGGAGAAGAGGGCUGGGGAGCGGGCGAAGAGGGCGGAGCAGCGGAGGUUGAAGAGGGAGGAGAGGCUUAAGUUCUGGACGACCCGGGUGGGACAGGUGGUGGUGCAUCUGGAUAGCCAGGCUGGGUUCACGCCGGGGUCGAGUCGGCGCAGUUCCGUCGCGGAGGUGUUGGAGCCCGUAGAUGUCGUGCUGCGUCUGAGCUAUGUGGUGCCCGGCGUGAGCUGGAGCUCGCGCUAUGAGCUGCGCAUUAACACGCCGUCGUCGUCGGCGCGGAUGGCGUAUCGCGCUGAGUUUCGGAACUCGAGCUCGGAGACGUGGACGGAUGCGCGGGUGACGCUGUCGACGUCGCAGGCGUCGUUUUCUGGGCUGGAACAGCGCAUCCCCUCGUUGCAUCCUUGGCAUAUUAAGUUGUUGGAUGCUACUCGGGAGAACCAGGAGCAUCCUUCUUGGGAGAAGAUUCUGAGGGGUGGUGAAUCGAAUCGAUCUAACACCUCGGCGUUGCGGAUUAUGCGCGGCAGAGUGGGUUUGACGGUUGAUGGAACGUUCCUGGGCACGGCCACGAUCCCGAACUGUGCGCCGGGCGAUUUCUUCAGUGUCUCCUUGGGCGUGGAUCCCUCGAUCCUGGUGACCUAUGGUAAACCAACGGUGCGACGGUUGAACACCGGGUUUUUCACCGGACAGGUCGGGGCUGUGUUCCGGCGCACGUGUUGGAUCAAGAAUACCAAGGGCGUGGCGGCGGAUAUCACGGUAUUGGAUCAGGUGCCGGUGAGCGAGGACAAGGAGCUGCAGGUGGAGAUCCUGGAGCCAAAGGGGUUGCAUGACAAGGGUAAUGAAGUGAAGCUGGAUAUGGAAGCGAGCCAUGGAAACGGAAAGGCCAUUAUGGAGAAGAAGGGAGAGGUUAAAUGGGUUUUACAUUUGGAGCCAGGGAAGGAUGUGCGGGUGGUGUUGGAGUAUGGAACGAAAGCGCCGAGAGGGAGCGAGGUGGACACUGCAUGA